AUGGCUGCGAGAGCAUUUCUUUUGUUUUUGGUCGGUUGCACACUCUUCAGCGAUAAGAGUGCAUACGCAAUUAGUGUUGCCUAUCUUGAGUGCUUCCGGGACCUUAAUUCUUGCGGGGGAUAUGCAUGGGGUGCAACUGCUCUUGCUUAUCUUUAUGACAAUCUUCGAGAAGCCAGCAUGCAUCAAACCAGAACUGUUUCUGGGUAUCUGACACUUUUACAGACAUGGGUCUAUGAGCAUUUUCCUACAUUAUGUAGAGAUUGUUGUAGACUUUCUGCUAGUUAUGUUGAAGACUAUCCUAGAGCACUUAAAUGGAAGCCUAAAAGGGAUAAGGGUUUGGUUCUUCCAUUUAGGAAAGCUCUUGAUGAGAUUGAUGUUGAUGAGAUGUAUGCUCAUCUGCCAGACAGAGUAUUGCGGCAAUAUGGUCAUGUCCAAACCAUUCUUGGCUCACCGUUAGAGAUAGUGGGUCAAACGACCACACCAGAUGAGAUGGACAUUAUGUUUACGCAAUAUGUUGUGCAUGUAGUGGAUGUCGGUCCAGUUGUGCAGGGACAUGUAGUCUGCUCGAAUGAUUAUAUGGACUGGUUUCGCAGAAUUUCUCAUCCAUACAUCAUUCGUAGAGGACCAGUCCAUGAAGCUGAUGCAGAGCCUACUGAUCAUGCCACUCAUGCAGCUGAUGGCGGCGAUCCUGCUGAUGACACAGUUGACAUAACGGUAUAUUGA